AUGUUGGAUUUGUUCAUGGGAAUGGCCUUCUCUGCUUUGCCUCUGACUCUGUAUAUCCCUCCGGUGAGAAGCUUGACUCUGUUUACGGCGACCAUGGAGAAGAUGCUUAGGGACCAUGGAGGAUUUUACAGCGGACAAUUCUACCCUCGCCUCCGGUUUGCUUGUUCAAGACUCCUAAAUUGCAUACUCUGUAACUCCAGAUAG